AGGUAGUUAGCAAACAUGACGUGAAUGCCUGGACAGAAGAAGACGUUGUAAGUAGAAGAGUAGAGGCUUCAAGAACCAAGCUAUUUGUACUUACAUUAGUUACAAGUUAUAUUACAUCCACUGUUAAACAAGAUGCAUGAUGGUGGGUUUUAGACAUUUAUUUCCAUGAUGAAUGUCUUUAACGAAAUACUACUCUAAAAUGUAUAUGUUCUCUCCGAGAGAUGCAAUAAGAUUAUAUUUAGGUAAAUAGUUAAAGGCUUUUUUCCACUCAUCGCAAGAGUGAACUCGCAAGCUCGCUGCGAGUACUUUCAUCCAAUCACAAUACUCGACAGUUUAUUUUAAUGGGUGAUUCCAGCUAUAGACUAAAUUUUGAUCAAGGCAAGAAGAACGAAAAAGAGCGUCUUAGAAUGAGUAAAACUGCAAAGAUUGGUUGCUAAAUGUUGUAAAAUGAAGAAAAUAUAGCCCUGUGAAGUUCGCAAAUUUUGUAUAUAUUUAUAUUACCUACGCGCGGUAAAAUAACUACUUUCUGCUCAAAAAUGGUUAUUUUUCCCGCGCGUAAUGCAAAUAUAUACCAAAUUUGCGAACUUCACACGCAGGGCUAUAUUUUCCUCAUUUUACAACAAUUUGCAACCAAACUUUGCAAUUUUACUCAUUUUAAGAUGCUCUUUCCAGCUAUGGUGAUGUUUCCUUCUUCUUGUCUGGAUCGAAAUUUCCUCUAUAGCUGGAAUCAUCCAUUCGAUGCAAUCACUCGCAGCGAGCUUGCGAGUUGGUGUUUGCAAUGAGUGGUAUAAUAUUAAAAUAUUUUUUGUUAUUCAAAAUAGUUCUUAUGGGUGGAACACAUUGGAAUACAAGGUAACAUGUGUAAAUGAUUCACUCACCUAUUUUCGUGUUGUUGUUUAAAUGUUACCAUAUAAUAUAUAGCUAAACAAACAUCUUAUCUAUCUUAUGCAGUUGGUAACAGGACUAUCUCAAAUUAUGCCCAACUAUUUGUGGAUAAUAAUAUUAAUGGGAAAAGGUAUGUUGUUAAAGGUUCGGAAGAGGUUUUAUGUAUUUUUAUGAUGCUCUGAUAUUCCGAAAUUAUGCAGUAUACAAUGAACCAACUUCUAUAUAGUCUCAAUGGAUGAGUUGCCGAUUCGCAUACCCUCCUUUGUUUUAUACGGCUAAUUGUCAUUGCGAUCCCAUAACACAUUGCGUUAUGUGCAAAUGCAAUGCAUUAUGGGAUCGCCACGGGGCAAUUGGCCGCACAAAACAAAGGGGCCUGCGAACCGGCAACUCAUCCAUUGCACAUUCUCAUGACGUGUUUUGAGUCGAGAUAAUAUUCAGGAAUUCAUUUGUACAAUAUUAUGCAUGUUAAAUACGUACUUCAUUCAUUCAAACUUCCUAAUGUGGUAUUACUAGUAUAGAGCGUUUGCACUCAUUCCCCAGGGACCAAUUAAAAGUCUAAUUGAAAUUAUUUUGAAUUGGAACACCAACAUGGCGGCUGUGACGUCAUGUGCAAACGCUCUAUUGAUUAGGAAGGAGGAAGAAAAUAGUCAUUUGUGUGCAGGAAUGUUAAUGAAUAUGUCCUCUAUAAUUGCUUCUUUCUCUUUGUCAUUCGUGGAAAAGCAAUACGUUUUGUUAUUUUAAGUUUUCGAAAAUAAUUGUUCCAUAUGUUUGAUGAUCCGGGAUUGCGGAUCAAAAUAUUUUCCACACAAAUUAAAGCAGUGUUUUCACAAACAGAAAAAUGUGGAAAAUGUGUCAAAAUGGCUUAACAUUAUUGAGAAGCCUACGUAUGAAUUUUUAAACACGAAAUAAUUUUUAAGAAGGGUUUAUCUAUAUAUUUGGUUUCAAUUUAGAUUGCUUGUUUUAACUAUUGACGACCUAAAAGAUUUGGGAAUACAAUCGCUGGGUUACAGACUGGAAAUUCUAGUGAGUUUGUAUAUACACUCCCACGUAUUCAACUGUUACUUUAUAAUCAAGAUAUAGUUUUGUUUCUUUCAUUUGUUGAAAUGGACUGCUCAUUGUAGGUGUAGUCUGAUCAUUCCCUAUGAUGACACUCGAAUAAAAUCGAAAAUUUACAAUCUCCAAAACCGGUAUAUUCAUUGAAACACGUUAUUUUCCUAUUGUAACAGGAUCAAAUAUCAAAGUUGCAGAGCGAGAAUGAUUUAAUGCUACACUUUCCUCCUUUGGAGAAAGUAAGUGAAAAUCUAUAUGCGAUAUAAUCUCUAACGGUCUGCGCCAGUGUAGAAGGGGCCCAUAAAAGGACAGCUGCGGAUUAAGAGAGAUACAACCAUAUGAAAAUUACAAGCAGAACUUCGAUGUUUCGAGCGAAGGCCUUUCGUCGGGAAGUUAGUAGGGCCCAUUUCCACUCAGGAAAAUUUUCCGCAGAAAGAAAAUGUUGUAAAAUUUGAUUGGCCGCCACAAAUUUUCCGUCGGAAAAAAAUUUUGCAGUUGAAAAUUUUCAACUUUUAACAAUGAUAUUUUCGGAAAAUUUUCUGUCCGUGGAAAUUUUUCUUGAGUGGAAAUGGGCCUGUAGAGACGCUUAAUUCGGCUUGUAUUUUUCAGGUAAUAUAUGAACAACGAGAGCGAGUGUUUCACCGGGAUAUCCAAACACGAGAAAACAAUGUAUGAAAACACGAGCGCGAAGCGCGAGUGUUUUCACACAUUGUUUUCGAGUGUUUGGAUAUCCCGGUGAGACACGAGCUCGAGUUGUUUAUAUGGCUUCUCAAAUGAAUCGAGACGUAACAGAAUGUUUUCGUUUCCUGAUUUGAAUAGAAUUCUUAACCAAGCAUAACGUAAUUAGGAAUUCUAUUCAAGUAAUUUUGCAUGCGUAAUUAAGAUAUUUGAUGAAAACACUAGUGACUUUCAUCAAGUAUCCAAAUGGCAUCUUGUGAUCAAAUAGGUGAUUAUCAUUGGCUGAAUUGCUCAUGAAUUAUUAAUGAAUUUGAGAAGUAUGUUUCUCAAUUCGCAGCCAUCACAAGAUCUAUAGGCGAAUUUACUGUAUGGUGCAUGAUGAUCUACCUUAAUGGCAGUCCGUGAUUAACACGGUCAAUUAAAUUCAAUCUUCAUCUACUAUAUUACUCUUAUAGAUCUGAAGUAGAAAAACACAACAUUUUUUAUUCAAAAAUGUUGUCUUUAUUCGGCGUUACCGUUGUUGUGUACUUCAUGAGAAUGGUUCCCGCAAUUAUUGAAGUAGAAAACGUCUUAUUAUUUGGUUAUUGUUGUAGGGUGAAGAAGUUGGCGAUGAACGUUCCCAGAGAAUGGUCACCUUAACAUUAAUGUUUGGGAAUCAUUGUCGUAUUGGUAGGACGGAGCAGGUUUGA